UGAAUACAAACUAAUUUAGUCUUGAUGAGCACACCAAAUUUCCUUCUUUCUCUGAAAGAUUUCUUUCUUUUGUCCCAGCGCUAAGAGACUUAUCAAUGAGGCCAUUGUGAGCAAUGACUUUUUGAAGAAGCUGGAGCCACAGCACAUGAGGGAGAUGGUGGACUGCAUGUAUGAGAAGGUCUUCUCUGAGGGACAGCUGGUCAUCCAGGAGGGGGAAGCUGGAAACUACCUCUAUGUCCUGGCAGAGGGUUUGCUGGAGGUCAUUCAGAACGGAAAACUGCUGGGGGAGAUGCGUCCUGGCACCGCCUUUGGAGAACUCGCCAUUUUGUACAACUGUAAAAGGACUGCUACUGUCAAAGCUGUGUUACAGUCUCAUAUCUGGGCCCUGGAACGUCAGACUUUCCAGACUAUCAUGAUGCGGACCACACAAGCCAGACAUGAGGAGUACUUCAGUUUUCUGCGCAGUGUAUCUCUGCUCAAACAACUGCCUGAAGAGAAACUGGGAAGGAUUGUUGAUUGUCUGGAAGUGGACUAUUUUGAGAAAGGGGAGUACAUUAUUCGAGAGGGAGAAGAAGGCAACACGUUCUUCAUCAUUGCAAAAGGAGAGGUCACAGUCACUCAGAGCUCAGAGGGAUUUACUGAACCUCAAGAAAUUAAGACCUUAGGAGUCGGUGACUACUUUGGAGAAAGAGCUCUCAUCAGUGAAGACGUGCGCUCUGCCAACAUCGUUUGCAAUGAGAAUGACACACAAUGCCUGGUGGUGGACAGAGAUAAUUUCAACCAAAUGGUGGGAACGUAUGAGGAACUUCAGACUUAUCUGAAGGAAUAUGUGGGAGAACUUUCCAGAAGCGACGAGAGGAGAAACUUUCUACCGCACUCUCAGCAGAGCAGCUCUCCAGAAGCUCAGGAGUUAAGCAGACUGAGGGAGAGGAUCACUCGCAUUCCUGCAAAUCAGCCUUUCCAAGAACUUCAAGUCAUAGCGACACUGGGCGUGGGAGGAUUUGGACGAGUCGAACUGGUGAAACUAAAGAAUGAAGACACCACAUUUGCUUUAAAAUGUAUUAAAAAGAAACACGUGGUGGAUACCAGACAACAGCAGCACAUCUACUCUGAAAAAAAGAUCCUUCAACAAACAAGCUCGACAUUUAUCAUCAGAUUAUUUCGGACAUUUCGUGACAGCAAGUACGUCUACAUGCUGCUGGAAGUUUGUCUGGGUGGAGAGCUGUGGACUGUGCUGCGGGACAUGAGUUGCUUUGAAGAGCCAACUGCCAGGUUUUGCAUUGGCUGUGUCCUGGAAGCCUUUGAUUAUCUCCACAGUUUGGGUAUAGUGUACAGAGACCUGAAGCCUGAGAAUCUUCUGCUGGAUGCUGAGGGUUAUGUCAAAAUGGCAGACUUUGGAUUUGCAAAGCAAAUUGGUAUUGGAAGAAAAACCUGGACUUUUUGUGGGACUCCAGAAUAUGUGGCACCAGAAGUUAUCAUGAACAAAGGCCACGACUUCGGAGCUGACUGCUGGUCUCUGGGAAUCCUGGUAUUUGAACUGCUAACCGGCAACUGAGGGGGCCAAUGGAUCACAGUAACUUUGAUAUAUUUCCACCUGACACAGAGGAAGCUCCAGACGAGCUGUCGGGCUGGGAUAAAGACUUCUGAGGAAAAAACUAAAUAAAGACAAGAGAAUCUCUGAAGUUAAGAGACCAAGAAUGAACAUAACUAGAGGAAAUGAUGGUGCAUAAACCAAAUGUUCUUCCUACACGAGUGCUUCUAUUUGCUGGCAGCACAUUUGACCACCUCUGCUCUGACAAACUCUAACCGAAUUACAAUUAUUCUGUUGAUUUUUUUUUUUUAAACACUGACUUCACAUCUAGAAUGGUCGGAGAAUUCUUCUGGAUCACUUCUUGACUGCUUUCAAAGGUGAAAAAAAGUGAUGAGGGCUUAUGAAUGUCAAAGAAAGCCAUGUUGGUCUGUAAUUCAACACAAUAUAAAUUUUUUCAUAAAUUGAAAACAUUGUUAUGUGAAAUGCAUUUUCAAUGCUCUUGUUUUCUGAUUUGUAUUAAAGUCAUGUUUCUUAAUGGUGGUCUUUUGGUUGUUCUUCUGAGCCAGCUCCAUCCACCCUCUCCAUCCACCCUCUCCUCUGCAUCCUCCUCCCUCACACCAAACCUCCUCAGGUCCUCCUUCACUACAGACAUGCACCUCCUCUUUGAUUUUUCUCUAGGAUUCCUUCCUGACAGUUUCAACCUCAGCUUUCUGUCACUUAUAUUUGAAAUAUGUCCAAAGCAAAAGUCAUGUCAAACUACUCAUAUAGUAAAUGAGUGGGCUCUGGGGUUGUAUUCUCUAAUGAGGUUCAUUUAAAUGUUAAGUUGUAUUUUAUUAUUUUUUUAAUCUACGUCAGUUAAACCUAACUCCACUCGAACAGCAAAUAAAAUAUAAAGUAUCGUAGAAUAGUAAUCCAAACCGACUGCACCUCCUUUGCUCUCCUCCUUCCCUGGAAAGGCAACAACUCUGAAUUCAGACCAUGCACGUCGUCCAGGCCCGAUCGUGAACUCUUUGUCCUCGU